CACGCAUCGUUUCCAAACAAUGCUCAGGAAAAAGCCACGUUGACGUUCUAGACUGAAGUGUAGUCCACAAUUUGAAGCAGAAUAAAGCAGGAAUUGUGUCAGACGCUGUGGUUCUUUCUCCCAGCAGACUCCAGAUCACAGCAGACAUGUCAUCGCCGCCGAAAGAGAAAGUCGAAACCAAAGGAGGACGUCUCCCUGCAGUCAAGGCAGGAGGUAUGCGGAUAGUGCAGAAGCACCAGCAGGCCGCUGCUCCAGAACCACUGCCGAAAGAUGAGGAAGAGGAGGAGGAGUACGUCAGCAGCAGCAGUCCACCAAAGGCCCCCGUGAUUGUGUCUGGAGUGGUGACAAAGGGCGAUAAGGACUUCACCCCUGCAGCCGCUCAGGUGGCUCAUCAGAAGCCCCAGCCUUGUGUCUCCAAGCUGCCCGCUGCCCAGCAGAUCAACCAGCACAUCCACCAGCCCCGCAAGUGAAUUAGGCAGCAUGCUACGACGGCAGCGCUAACUCCACCAACCGGCCUCCCCAAAUGGAACACAUACGAUGAUGACGCUUCCCCUCCAGGCACAGAUCUCCUCUAAAUAAUCAGCGUAGUUUAUUUUUCCGCCUGUUGCUUUACAUGUCUGAGGAAUUCAUCAGCUACAGACACCCAAUGCCAAUACAGCCAUUGUAGAAGUCCCAUUGGGAACCCCCCCUGCUGAAUUGGUGCUGCACUGUUAGUUGUACACUUUGGUGUCCUCUCCUAAAGAGAGUUGCUUUGACAGUCGUAUAGUCUUAAGGUGGUGUAAAUGGGUGGAUGGGUCUUCUAAAAUGGCUAUCAUUCUAGGAUUAACCAAUAAUGGAGAAAUAUGAGUCUGUGUGUGUGUGGGGGGGGGGACUCUUACUGCAGUGAUGUGCCAACCAAUACCGCAUCCCCACUACCAGCCAAUCACAGCAAGCUAUCAAUCAGGCCAAUAACCAACCAAUCACCUCAUAGUGAUGAGCCUAGGCUCAAGCCUUAUACCUACAAUCUUCACAGACCAAAAGAACGAGUUAACAAGUCACGAGGUGGACACCAGUUUAUCAUCAACACAAACUAAAAGAACACAGAGAGCAGCUUCCAAAUGGCAAAACUCAGUUCGAUGUCUGAGGCUGUUGCCAAAUUGCACGGGUACAGCAUAGACCAGAGAGAGUUAAUAUUACAUGACAGCAUUAACCAAUUAUUAUCCCAAACACUGAGGUAACCUGCAACUUUGACAACAAUCUAUUUCAAUAACUCUUAACUUUUAGAUGCGAAAACAUUCCAUAGAAAGGUGAAUAAUAUGUUGACUUUGUACAAGGACAAUGCAAUACAUCCAUUUCUACUCACCAGGAUAUCUGCAGGUAUGGCUCGUUGCAUAUCAGAAAUCUAUAUCAGUCCCACAAAAUAUUAAUACACACAAACACACACCACCCUUUUCCUUAAGCACCCACCCCCUUACACACAAGUGUCAUUUGUUGCAACACUAAUGUUCAGGUUUCCAGCAAAGAGAGAAAGUGAUAAAUGUAUCUUGCCAAGAAGGAAGGAUUUCUGAUGUUAAUUUAAUUCAGUUUAAAAGAGUUUUAAUUUUGUUUUUCUCAGUUGUUUUUUUUUUUUCUUGAGUUGAGUAAAUUGUUCAAAUUGUACAAAUCUUAAGUCAUUGAGUGGAUUUAGGUAUUAGGUGUGAUUGUCAUCAUAAAUAAAAAUAUAGACUAUCUUGGAAA